AUGAAUUCAAGCGAUUCUUCGCUACAUUUGACAUCUCAUGAAUGGCUAUUGAUCAAUCGAAUCAUAAAAGCGUACGAUGCUCAGAUUAUUCAGUGUGACAAAGAUCGUUUCACUCAUUAUUCAUUAUCUCACACAAAACUCAUCGACUUUUUAAAUGAUGAACAUGAUAUGUAUCGAACUUUGAUACAAUUCUACAAACAGAUAGAAGAAUUUCAACAGAUAAACGUUGAAGAUCGAAUUCUUCUGGUCAAAUGUAAUCUCACGCAUCUCAUUCACAUUCAUCAUGUCUUGAGAGACAACUUUAUUGAAAAUCCAAAGAUUGGUCUACAUAUGAGUCAAUGGAUUAGUCCAUCUUUUCAUUCUCAAAUGUCACAAGCACGUCAUUGUUACGACUAUUUUAUCAAAUAUCCAUCAGUUUUAAAACUAGCAUUGAGUUCUCUGAUAUUCACAAUAAAUCUGUCGAGAUUAUCUCCGAAACAAUCGCCACUAACGUUGACUGACUACAAAUUAAUUGUUCAACAUCAAUAUUAUUACAUCACAUUAUUAUGGAAGUAUUUAAAUGCGACUUGUGGUGAAAAAGAUGCAAUAAAAGCAGUUGAAAUAUUGGUUUUUCAAUAUCUUCGAUAUCAAUUAUUGAUGGAACAUAUGGGAGACGUCAUUAUUCAUGACACAAAUCCAACUGAACACAAUCCAUUAACUAAAUCCGUUCUUUGUUUAAUGUAA